ACAACAUGGCGACCACGAGUGUCCCAAGUGAUGUCUAUCCAUACAUUUACUCGUUUUUAGUCGACAAUAAGCUGAAUAAAACUGCUAAAGUCUUCGUGAAGGAAGCUGGAAUAGAUCUGAAAUCAAGAACUCAAGUUGAUAACACUUUACUAGAGUGGUAUGAUGCAUGGAAUGCCGCACGUUUAAGGUCUGAGCAAAGCAAAAGAAAAAGAGAAAAAAUAAGCAAAAAUGAACCACCAAAAAAGAAGCGAAAAGCAAAUGAAUCUUCAUCAGAAGAUGAAAGUUCAGACGAAUCAGAGGAAGAAGAAAGUUCUGAAGAAGAGGAAGAAACAACAACACCUAAAGCAAGUAAAGUAAAACAAACCAAAAAGGAUUCAUCUAGUUCAGAAGAAGAAAGCUCUGAAGAUGAAAAACCAAAGAAAACAAAAAAUGAGAAAAAAGAAAGUUCAAGCUCAGAGAGUGGAGAGGAAAGUUCUGAGGAUGAAAAACCAAAGCAAAACAAAACAAAAGUCAAAAAUAAAAAGAAGAGUUCUUCAAGCUCAGAGAGUGAGGAUGAUAGUUCCGAGGAAGAAAAACCAAAGAAAAGUAAAAAAGCAACCAAAAAUGAUGAAAAAGCCAAGUCUUCAAGUUCAGAGAGUGAGGAUGACAGCUCUGAAGAUGAAAAGAAAAAGAAAAAUGAAAAAACAAAGAAAAGCAAAAAGAAAACCAAGAAAGAAUCCUCCAGUUCAGAAAGUGAAGAUGACAGUGAUGAAGAAAGUUCAGAAGAUGAAAAACCAAAGAAAAUGAACAAAAACGUCAAGGUAACAGAGCUAAGUAAAGACGAUUCCAAGCAUUCAAAGGCUCAAGAAAGUAGCUCGUCAGAGGAGAGUGAAAGUGAAGAUACAAGUGAUGAAAAUUCAUCCAAUCAAAAACCAAAAGUAACAAUUGCCGUUUCAAAACUGACAAAUGGAGUCAAAAGCAAAAAGAAAACCAAACAAAACAGCAAACAGAAAUCCCAAGCAGAUAGCAGUAGCUCAGAAGAAGAAAGCUCAAGUGAAGAUGAUGAGGAGGAAGAUUCCAGUGAUGAAGAACCUGCAAAGAAAAAAACAGCCAAAGAAAGUAGUGCUAAGAAGAGUAAAGCUUCAGAGAGUAGUGACUCGGAGAGCAGUGAGGAAGAAGAAAGUGAUGAAGAAGAGAAAGAAAAGCCUAAAAAGAAAAGCAAAAACACUUUGACCACUCCAGCUGCAUCAUCUACUCCAAAUGCCUUGAACACAUCAAGCAACAAGAAAGAGAACAACAACAAUAACGUCAAGACACCCUUUCGAAGGGUAAAAGAGGAAGAGAUAGAGGUUGAUCAUCGAUUAAAAGACAACAGUUUUGAGGCCAAGUUGGGAGCCACCGGUGACUGGGGCGAGAGAGCCAACAAAGAUCUAAAAUUCACCAAAGGCAAGUCCUUCCGCCAUGAGAAGACAAAGAAGAAACGAGGGAGCUAUCGAGGUGGUGCAAUCAGUACUACCAUUAAUUCCAUUCGCUUUGACAGUGAUUGACAUGUGAUUAGCACGUGACGGACGCGUAGAGCACGUCUAUGCUCUAUUGUACACGUGAGGCGUACCUGAGUUCAAAUGAGGUCCUUUGUCGUGGUUGUUUUCUUAGCAAUGAUGCAUUAACACAUGUAAACCUGAACAGACUCUUCUUUAGGUUGUCUUGAAUGCGAGGUUAACGUUGAAAUACGAAACAAAUGCCACAAA